AGGUCCCGCCAGGCCCUCGCGUGCUUUGUCCGCCGCCCGUCCUCGCUGUUCCCCCGGAACCGUGCGGCCGUGACCCUUCCGGGCCUGCGCCUCCUGCGGGGCAUGAGUUUAAGCUUGAAGGCUGUGGCUGUGACCAGCUCAGCUCCCCAGGAUGCCACACAAGAUCGGUUUCACUGUGGUCAGUUCAUCGGGACACGAGGAUGGGUUCAGUGCUCGGGAGCUGAUGGUUCACGCACCGACGGUGAAUGGGUGGCGAUCGCCCAGGCUCUGUCAGUAUCCCCAGGAAAUCAUCCUGCAGUUGGUGGAGAGAUGUCGGAUCCGGAAGCUGCAGCUGCUUGCUCACCAGUACAUGAUUGCAAGCAAAAUUGAAUUCUACAUCAGUGAAAGUCUGCCUGAAUACUUUGCUCCAUAUCAGUCAGAGAGGUUUCAGAGACUUGGUUAUGUCCCGCUCUCAGACAAUGAGAAGACUGAUUUCAGAGCUCGAGAGUUGAAAUCUGUGUACAUGGAUGCAGUUGGCCAGUACCUCAAGCUGAUUUUCCAUAAAAAUUAUGUCAAUAAAUACAACUUGUAUGGGCAGGUUGCCCUGGUAGCUGUCAACAUCAUCGGGGAUCCAGAGGACUAUGGCAAUGACAGCAUGAGCAGUCCUUCCAGAGAGAAGCUGAUAGAUCACUACUUGGGAAUUAAAUUGGAUGAUCCUGCCUUAGAUGGAACUUACCUUGGGAAACGUGACUCCAUUUCACCUCUGGAUGAUCUGGCCUUUGACAUGUACCAGGACCCAGAAGUGGCUCAGAUAAUCCGGAGGCUGGAUGAGAAGAAGCGGGAAGCUGUGUGUCUCGAGUACUACGACCAUGCCAAGAAGCUCAAACAGGCCAUUGCAGACUUGCAGAAGGUGGGGGAGAGACUUGGCCGCUACGAGGUGGAGAAGCGUUACGCUGUAGAAAAGGAGGAUUAUGACCUUGCCAAGAAAAAGAAGGAGCAGAUGGAUGAGUACAGGCUAAAGGUGUACCAGCAGCUGGACCUGCAUGACCUCCUGGAUACAAAGCUGCUGAUCCAAAAGCCACCUGAGUUGCCUUUGGGAUCUGUGAGUAGCACUGAGAGCCCCCAGAGCUCCCCUCCUGGGCCUGCAGACCCACCCCAAGGAGAGCCCCGGAGGGCAGAGCCUGUGCUGGAAGAGCAGGUGGUGGAUCCCACUUCUUCUGAGCUUCUUGUUCUCUCCCAGUCCCCUCUUUCUCCUCGGACUCAGCCCACAACCUCCAAGGAAGCGUUUUCCAAGAAAAAUGCUGAAUUUUUACCUUACGAUGAGAGACCUCUCCCAACCAUCUGCAAGCAGGUGGAUGAAGCUGUUGCCUGCCUUGAGCCAGAGGUGACUGAAGAGGGCAUGGGUGAUACUCCAAGGACUGGGAAUACUGAGGAGCCUGAACUGCUCACAAAAAAGGCACUGAGGGAAGCCAGCCCUGUUGUGGAAGUUUUUGGAGAGACUUUGGUUUCAGGAGCGUAUUCCAGAACUUGGUCAUGUCGAGAAGACGCUUUACUGACUGUGUACGAGAAGCUGAUGGAAGUGUCAGUGGACACUCCAAAGGAGGAUUUAAGGAACAUGCUGAGGGCUGCUGUUUUCCUUGUGAGGAGGGCCAUCAAAGACACUGUGUCUUCAGUUUUUCAGGCUUCCCUGAAACUUCUAAAAAUGAUCAUUACCCAAUAUGUACCAAAACACAAACUAGGAAAGCUAGAAACUUCUCAUUGUGUGGAAAAAACCCUGCCACAUUUGCUCUCUAGAACAGGAGACUCUUCAUCCCGUCUUCGUCUUCUGGCUUCAACCUUCAUCCAGGAAAUGGCACUGUGCCCUGAAGUAAAACCUCUCCAGAUUAUUCCAGUCCACCUGGUUAAAACAUUAAAACCAAACUCCCCAACACACCUGGCAAUGAGUCAUGUGGAAUUGGUGGAAUCUCUCUUGCGAGCCAUGGGGACUGAAAACUCUGGGUUUACCAUCAACAACGUCAUGAAGUUUGCCACGGGAGCUCUGGAGCACAGGGCUCAUGAGGUGCGUGAGGUGGUACUGCGGAUCAUCUUUGCCAUGUACAGGGAGCACAGGGCAGCUGUGCUGGAGUAUCUCCCACCGGACGAUGCCAACGCCCGCAAGACCAUGCGCUACAAAACUCUCUUUGAGGGGUUUGCCAAAAUCGAUGGGAAAUCUUCUGAAACUGAACUGAGGGCACAGAGAAAAGCAGCAGCAGAAGCAGAGAAACAGAAAAAUGAAGAAAUGAAAGUUCUAAAAGGCUACCCAGCAGCUUUAAAGUUAGAGUUACAAGCAGAGGUUGAAGCUGAAGAGGAGAAAGAAUCUGAUUUUCAGAAGAUAGAGGGUCAAGAUUACCAGGAAUACGAAGGCCCCCGGGUUACAGCAGCAAAGAUUCAGGAGGAACUUUCCUCUGUUGCAAAUUACCUGGAUAACUUGUGUAUUUUUUGUGGUGAAAGGAAUGAAUCCUUCACAGAGGAAGGGUUGGAUCUGCAUUACUGGAAGUAUUGCCCUAUGUUAACCCGAUGUGAGCACUGCAAACAGAUGCUGGAGAUCUCCAGCCUGACGGAGCACCUGCUGAUCGACUGUGACCAAAGGGACAGCUUUGGGAGGUGCCCACGCUGCAGAGAGGCCGUGCCCAGGGACAUGCUGCCCAGACACAUGAAGAGCAGGGUUUGCAAUCCUUCCAGACCAGAAAAUACAGCAAACCACUGCCCUUUGUGCCAUGACAACUUCCCCCCUGGAGAGGAGGCCUGGAGAUCUCACCUGAUGGGCAGAGAUGGCUGUAAAAUGAACCAGCGGAGGACAUCCCCCAUGAACAAAACCAUUGUGGUGCAGCCUGCCAAAGUGGGUGGCCACUAUUUAAGGAAACCGGGUCCUUCAGGAGCAAAAAUUCAACCUCCUUCAAUAGGAAGCAAGAUCAGAACCCGAGAGGGCCCAAAUAAAAGCAGUGGCAAAACAUACUCAAAGCGAUGACAGGACAAGUAUUUCUUCCUUUGUCUGAAUAACUGGGCACAUGGCUGUUCAGAGCUAUUUAAAAAUUGUGGGCUACUUGUAUCAUCUUUUGUGUGGACUGUUUUUAGCCUUGAGCAGUGCCUGGUGUGAUCCCCACGGCUGUCACUGCAGCACUGCGCUUGGCUCCUAGGAAUGCUCAUGUUGGAAAUACAAAAUGUUUUAAGACAAAACCAUUAUUUUUACAGAUAACUGUGCUCUCUUUUCCAAUCCCAUGUCUGUAAUUUAAUGGGUUCAAGCACAUUAAUUAUGUCAGGGGAGAGAAGUCUCUUCCCUGGGUCCUGUGAGGUGCUUGAGGAACAGGAGCCAUGCCUGGGGGAAGCCUGGCCUCAUGUGUAUGUCAGAUUUAGGGUUCUAAAGGCAGCAGAGCUAUACCCAAAGCACUGCUCAAUCCCAGGAAUUAGCACCAAAUGGAAAAGCCAGAGGGCUGGUUGGAUGUUUUCCUGUGCUGUGCCACUGUGCAGGAGGUAACAGUUCAUUGCUGCCUCUCUCACUGUGCACCAAGUGCCUUAUGAGCCCACUUGGCAGGAGGGUUAAACCAAACCCUCCAAGUCUGUAUCCCCAACAAAUGGCCCCUUACAGAAAUGAAAAAAAUAAUUUUGGUUGGGCCUUGAAGAGCUUGAAUUAGUAAAUUUAGACCUUUUUGCCUGCUUUAGUGCACUUUCAGCUCAAAUACUGAGCUUCUCUAUUUAGAUAUUGAUUAAAAUAACCGUCUAUAGACUGGAGUACAUCUUUAACAACUUCAGAGAGACAAAGUCUAUUAAGACCCAAGGCAUGAAGCUUUGUACCAAAGCAGCAAUUCUCACAUCUCUACCUGUAAUGUUCCAGCUGUUGCUUUCCAGUGUGGAAUUGGUACCAUGGGCACGAGAAUGAGUGAUCAUGAUAAUAUGAGGGGAAAUUUGGGGGGUUUUUUGCUCCCAUGGAGUGACUUUGUGGUGUUUUGUAUAUACAGAGCUGAUUUUGUAAUACAGUUUUUCUAGUUUGUCUGCAGUCUGCCUACCAGCUUAUGGGUUUUCCAGGUACAUCAGUGUGCUUGGAUUUCAAAAAUAUUUGUGUAAAUUGUUUCUCUAACUCUUUCAAAUACAUAUCUCAACAAUUACACACACAUUAGGAGCAUAUAUAUAGGUAUUUUUAUUUUCCCUUCAGUGACAUGGGUUCCUAUUUGAGAACCUGAUUCUGUAUGCUGAAUAAAUAAUAAAUAAAUAUUAUUAAAAAAUAA